CGUGAGCGGACGGCUGGGGCUCUGGGGGUCCGGGUAGGAUGAGGCCGGGAGAAGAGCGGCCGGUGGAGGGCGGCCUGUGCGACGGCCGCUCCGAGGUGGAGCAGCUGAACCUGCUGAAGCUGCGCGCGGCCGAGCGCAUCGAUGAGGCGGCGGAACGGCUCGGGGCGCUGAGCCGCUCCAUCUGGAGCGAGCCGGAGCUGGCGUACGAGGAGCACCGUGCCCACGACGUGCUGACUCGCUUCUUCGAGCAGGAGCCGCCAGCCGCCUCCUGGGCGGUGCAGCCGCACUACCAGCUGCCCACGGCCUUCCGCGCCGAGUGGGAGCCGCCGGGGGCCCGCGGGCCGGCCGCCGCGUCGCGCGCGCUGCGCCUGGGCUUCCUCUGCGAGUACGACGCGCUGCCGGACAUCGGCCACGCGUGCGGCCACAACCUCAUCGCCGAGGUAGGCGCGGCGGCCGCGCUGGGCCUGCGGGGCGCCCUGGAGGGUCUGUCCGGACCGUCUCCGCCGGUGAAGAUAAUUGUCCUGGGUACCCCUGCAGAAGAAGAUGGUGGUGGCAAAAUUGACCUAAUUGAAGCAGGUGCUUUUAAAGACUUUGAUGUUGUUUUUAUGGCCCAUCCAUCCCAAGAGGAUGCUGCUUAUCUACCGGAUGUGGCUGAACAUGAUGUGACUGUGAAAUACUACGGGAAAGCAUCUCAUGCUGCUGCUUACCCCUGGGAAGGAGUCAAUGCCUUGGAUGCUGCUGUUCUUGCCUACAACAAUUUGUCUGUGUUACGGCAUCAAAUGAAACCAACCUGGAGAGUUCAUGGUGUAAUAAAAAAUGGUGGUGUAAAACCCAAUAUCAUUCCCUCUUAUUCUGAGUUGCUUUAUUACUUCCGUGCACCCUCAAUGAAAGAACUUCAGGUUUUGACCAAAAAGGCAGAAGAUUGCUUCAGAGCUGCGGCUUUGGCUACAGGGUGCACAGUAGAAAUAAAAGGUGGGGCGCAUGAUUAUUACAAUGUUCUCCCCAAUAAAAGCCUGUGGAAAGCUUAUAUGGAGAAUGGAGAAAAGCUGGGGAUAGAAUUCAUUUCAGAAGAUGCAAUGUUGAGUGGCUCUUCAGGAUCUACUGACUUUGGAAAUGUUACCUUUGUGGUUCCUGGAAUUCAUCCAUAUUUUUACAUUGGAUCCAAUGCCUUGAAUCAUACUGAACAGUACACUGAAGCUGCAGGAUCACAGGAUGCUCAGUUCUAUACUUUGCGUGUGGCCAAAGCUCUGGCAAUGACUGCAUUGGACAUUAUUUUUAAACCAGAGUUGCUGGAAAGAAUCAGAGAGGAGUUUAAAUUGAAACUUCAAGAAGAACAGUUUUUAAAUGCAGUAGAAUAAAAAAGUCUUAGUGCUUAUUAAUCGUUAAGAAAUGAUUUUU